UUUUUGGCGCGCUUUCGGCUUUAAUUUCCAGCCGACUAAAGGCCGAAUUCUGCCGACUGGACGAUAGUAGUGAUGUGUCAACAAAUAUUUUAAACCGUCGGCUCUUUCUCCUUCUUUUGCAAUCUUGUCAGCAUUGUCACCAUCACUUUGUGUUUAGUCUCUUGAAAAGUUAGCAGUUGUUUCUUUUAUUCAACGAAAAUGCCACCAGGUCAAACGAAUCUGAAGUCUUACUUCACUGAAAGGAAACCAGUAUCAGAUUCUCGUAUAACCCGCUCAGUGAAAGCCGCUGGUAAAGACCAAGCGGAUGAUGUGAAAGAUGUAUCAAAUCACAUUCAUGUAUUGAAAACUCCCACCAAAACAAGGAACAUUAUAAAUAAUUCAGAAGUCAAGAUCAAUAGUAAAGUGACACCUUCUAAGAAUCUUCGGAAUAGGAAAAAUACUGACUCAAAUCAUGAGGACAUAUGCAAAACUAAAAGUGAAGAUGACACUGCUAUUGUUUUGGAUGAAAACAAUAUAGAUGACUUGUUCGAUACAUCACCAGAAGCAACUCCAUCCAAAAGAAGGACUAAAACUGCCAAAGAUCCAUGCUCUCCGCCCAAGAUAAAGUGCACUGAGUCCAAUAAUGGCCAAAACAGCUCCCCCUCUUCUAACAUUGCUGCCACACCAUCAACUCUAAUAAAGAACUUGACGCUUACCUCUCCAGCUGUUGAAGGAAAACGCCAAGGGGCAUUGCCUCCCAAGUCUUUGUUCCCCGAUCUAGAGGGUCUUCUUGGAAAAGCUCGCACUGCUUUGCACACCCAUGCUAAUACCAACUUACCAGGAAGGGAAGAAGAACUUGGAAAACUUAAUGGCUUCAUUCAAAACCAUCUCCAAGACAAAACAUCUGGAUCUCUUUAUAUUUCUGGCCCUCCUGGGACAGGCAAAACAGCCUGUUUGACAAAAGUUUUAGAGCAGCCUGAAUUAAAACGGCAAUUUAAAGUUGUUAAUAUUAACUGCACUUCUAUUGAGUCACCAAAAGCUAUUUGGUCAAGAAUUGCAGAUCAGCUGAAUAUUCAAGUAAAAACAAGAUCAGGAAAAGCUUAUCUGGAGGGUAUAGAAAAGCACCUCUCAUCAAAUCAUAAAAUGAUAUUGAUGGUACUAGAUGAGAUGGAUCAGUUGGAUACACGAAGCCGAUCAGUUCUGUACACAAUUUUUGAGUGGCCCACUAAUUAUCCACAUGGUAUUAUACUGAUAGGCAUUGCCAAUGCUCUAGAUUUAACAGAUCGUCUGCUACCUCGGCUCAAAGCCAAACUGCAGUUAGCACCUCAAUUGCUUCACUUUGCUCCUUACACCAGAGAGCAACUCAAAGACAUUCUUACCAAAAGAUUAGAAGAGGCUGAUGCUUCUAAUGUUUUCAACCAAGCUGCACUUCAGCUUUUAGCUAACAAACUCUCAGCUGUUAAUGGUGAUGCACGACGUGCUCUUGACUCAGCUAGGAGAGCUGUGGAGAAUAAGUCUCAACAACUGUUUGACGCGAAAAUGAAUGCUACAGAGUUGAUAACACCCUCAGAAGUAGAUAUGCAGUUAUCUUCAGAGGCCCUUCGCAAAUCACCUCGCAAGGUUGCACCUCCUCAGGAAAGAGGAAGGCUAGAAAACUUUGAAAGGAUAAAGUCACCCUUGAAGGCAACUUCCAACUCCUUCAAAUCUCCUGUGAGAUCUCCCAUGAAAUCCUCCAUCAACGCUUCUGGGAGGUCUCCUCUCAAAUCUCCUCUCAGGAGUACCAUGAGGUCUCCUUUGAAAUCACCUUACAAGUCCCCCUUCAAAUCUCCACGUCAUUUUAAUUCACCACACAAAGAAAAUUGCUCACCUCUUAAACAAAAAUCUGCCAAAAAGUCUCUUUUUAAUGAGGAUGAAAAUGUUUCUACUAAUUUAAUUACAACACCUCUGGUGAAUGAGCCUUGUAUAGGCGUUUCAAGUAUAAUGAAUGUUGUAAAUGAUGUUUACGGCACUUCCCAAAGUUUAGGGCGCAUUGCAGAUGGAGGGGAGGAGCUCCCAUUGCACCAGAAACUUGCUGUGUGUUCAUUGCUCCUUAUCCUUCGGGAAGGAAAGAGUAAAGAUAUAACUGUAGGCAAGCUACAUGACGUUUAUCGAAGAGUGUGUACAAAGAGACAUUUCGAUCCAUUAGACUCAAGUGCUUUCCUCAGUAUGUUAGGUUUGGUGGAAGCCAGAGGCAUUUUGCUUCUUCCUGGCAGGGGUAAACGGAGCCGUCAGACUAAGGUGUGCAUGCAGUGGAUUGAGGAGGAAGCAGUUUCUGCUCUGAGAGAUCGUGACUUACUUGCAUCAAUUGUAAGAGAUAAGUCUUGCCUAUCCUGAAGGUGUGCAUGCAGUGGAUUGAGGAGUUUCUGCUCUGAAAGAUCAUGAAUUACUAGCAUCAAUUGUAAGAGACAAGUCUUGCUUAUCCUAAUUGUUAGUUUGUCUCAUUUUAUAGAAAUUAUCUGUAUAUCAUGUCAGUCUUGUAAUUUUUUAAUGAUCUAGAACCUUUUUAUUUAUAUUUUUGUUUUCUCUACUGUAUACUAACAGUUUGCUAAAUAUGUAUAUAUGAUAGAAAAUUUACCUGUGUGCAUGAGAAAAAAUGUGUGAUUACAAAUGUUUUAAGCUGCUUACCCAAUCAUUGACUAUAUUAGUCAACAAUAAAAUUAAAAAGUACCUCAAA